AUAUCCAACAGAUCUGUUUAUGUGCAACCAUGGUCAGAAUAUCUGUUCUUUUUAGAAAACACACACAUAUUUUUUUCUAAGCAGAAAGAAGUAUUUAUUUACAAUGACGUCAAGAUUUAGUGGAACUUUGCAAUUAACAAAUCUUGAUGAUUUUAUUAAUCCGUCACAGGAAUGCAUAAAACCAGUGGAAAUUAAAAAGGCUAAUGUAAAAACAGGGUCAAAAAUUGAAAUUCAAGAAGAUGGUUACGUAGAGAUAGAUGAGAAAGGAGACAGUAAGCAGCUGGAAAAGGUGGGCAUUACACUUGCUGAUUGUUUAGCUUGCAGCGGCUGUAUUACAUCUGCUGAAAGUGUACUUAUAACACAACAGAGUCAGGAAGAAAUAUUACGCGUCUUUGAAGAAAAGAAGAAUCAACAACAGUUGGGAGACGGAAAUAUAUCCAAACAUAUUGUUGUAAGCUUAUCAAUUCAACCAAUUCUUUCAUUAGCCGAACGAUAUAAGCUGGAACCAAAAGAGGCGGUCCUUAAGUUAGCUGGUUAUUUCACACAACUUGGAGCAGAUGCUAUUUUGGACAUGACGGUUGCUGACGACUUUGCUCUUAUAGAAUCAGCUAAAGAAUUUAUUGAUAGGUAUAAAUCCUUUCAAGAAGGAGAUCAACAUCAAUUGCCAAUGUUAUCGUCCUCAUGUCCAGGUUGGGUUUGCUAUGCUGAAAAAACUCAUGGAAAUUUUAUAUUACCGUACAUCAGUGUGACCAAAUCUCCACAACAAAUUAUGGGAUCACUAGUGAAAUAUCAUUAUGGACAAUUAAAAAAUCUUCCUCCAGAAAAUAUUUAUCAUAUAACAGUAAUGCCUUGUUAUGACAAAAAGCUAGAGGCUUCCAGGCAAGACUUUUAUAAUAAGCUGAAAGAAACCAGAGAUGUGGACUGCGUCAUUACAACAAUCGAAAUUGAACAAAUGUUGCAACAAGAGGGAAUUUCUUUACAAUCUGUGAAACUUGGUGAAAUUCAGAAACCAUUCGAAAUAAGUGAACAUAAGGAUUACAAUCUGUUGUCUCAUGAAGGUUCCAGUUCAGGUGGUUAUGCAGACUUUAUUUUCCGUUAUGCAGCCAAGCAUUUAUUUCAAGUACAUGAUGCCGAAUUGAAAUUAAAAGCAUUAAGAAAUCCUGACUUUCAAGAAGGUGUUUUAGAGAAAGACGGAAAAAUUCUGCUGAAAUUUGCUAUUGCCAAUGGGUUUAGAAAUAUACAAAACUUGGUGCAAAAGCUAAAAAAGGGAAAAUCUAAUUAUCAUUACGUUGAAGUAAUGGCAUGUCCUUCUGGAUGUCUUAAUGGUGGAGCGCAAAUAAGAGCGCAGAACAGUUCACAACCUCGACAAUUAAUUACAAAAAUUGAAGAAGCCUACCAAAAACUACCGCGAAGUAUUCCCGAAAAAAACCCGGUUAUAUUAGAUUUGUAUAAAAUUUGGCUAGAAGGUGAAUAUUCAGAUAAAGCAAGUGCAUUUUUUCACACUCAAUAUCAUGAAAUAGAAAAAGUAAAUACAGCCCUUAAUAUAAAAUGGUAACUUAUUUUCAAUGUUCUUUGGCAAUAAAUAAUUUGUAAAUAGAAAUUUGUAUUUAAGAAAACAAUUUAACCCUAUUUAUUAGCUCAAUAUUUUCUCUCCGUGUAUCUACAUUAUUUCGAUGUUACUGUACAAAGUAUGUAAAUACACAUAAAAUUCUAGGUGCA